AAACUGGAUUUUGGUAAAGUUCAAUUUAUUCGAGUUUUGUUCGCCGUACAAUACAGUUGAAACUUGGAUCAAGCAUUUCGGUGAAGAUUGAUUGAAAAGGACUGAUAGUGCAAUAUGAAACUUCUCAUUGGACUUUUGCUAGUUGGACUAGCCAUAGAAGGUCGCGCGCAGCUGACAUGUUUCGUUUGUGAAAACUGUGGGGAUCCGUUUGAUCGUGCUGCUCACACUGCUCAGACCUGUCCUCAACCAGUGCCAACAAUUGUAACGCCUCCAAUUGAAACAACUACUACGGCGAUUCCCCCAACACCUCCGAGUCCUGAUGGACCAACUCUUACACCUCCUCCUCCGGUAACUACUGCUGCACCAGGACCAACUCCUGGACCUACUCCUGCGCCAAAUCCAGAUCCUACUCCUGAGCUUACUCCUCCACCGGUUGGCCGAAGAAAGAGACAAGCCAAUCAGCUCUCUCACAGAUGUUUCAUCAUGACACACAACGGAGUCACCCGACGAGGUUGUACAGCUCAUGGAAACGAUUGGAUGGAGACUUGCCGGAACAACAACAACGGUCAGCAGCCCAACGAAUGUCGCCUGUGUGACUGGUCCGAGUGUAACAGUGCCAGCGGGUUGACCGUUUCAAUUGUGACGCUAUCGGCAGCCGUGUUGAUUGCCCUUAAAUUCUUCUAAACUGACUAAUUGAAAUUAUACACCAAUCUCCCUCUAAGCGUGUGAUCGUUAUUGUAAGCAUCGAAAACCAAUCACUCAAAUGCUCAGUUUGGCGAGCACUACGGCUGCGCGAAUCUACCGUAGCACGAAUUAGUCAAAUAUCUGAACGGACUUGUCACAAGGGUCAACCGUAGUUAUAUUAAGAUAGAGUAAUAAAUUUUACCGCUAAUAA